ACGCGUCUCCGAAAAGUUUAAGCCAUCAGACAAGUCAUCAACUAUCAACAUCAUUCAAGAUGUCCAGAAAGCGCGCUGCAUCGUUUGUUGAUCUCACAGGCUCGGCAUCAGAAGAUGAAAAUGCUGGCCCGCAACGAAAGCAAGCGCGUACUACCGGCAAUCCCAUCCCAGGUACACAGCCGCGAGCAAGCCAGUCCUUGACGCGCGAUGCGUGGGGCGCGGAAGUCGAUGAAGAAGAUGAGAUUAUUGGCUCAACUCAGGAUCCUGAUGAGGGCUUUGGAUGGGUCUGUGUUGGAGCCAUUGAUGGCAAAAUCGUUGGUAUCAGAUAUUACAACGGUUAUGCCACGCCUGGUGAACAGGUCAUGAUUAAGAGAGAGCCAGGAAAUCCAUACGAUUCGAACGCAAUUCGUAUCAACAAUGUUCAGGGAACCCAGAUUGGACAUUUACCUCGAGAUCUGGCUUCGAAGCUCGCAGGCUUUCUGGACUCAAGAGCUAUCAUCCUGGAAGGUAUUCUUGCUGGAGAAAAAGGUCAAUGGGACUGCCCUAUACGUCUGCGAGUAUACGGUCCAGGUGAUCCAGCUGCCCGAAAGCUCCUUGAAGAUAACAUGAAAGCGAAGCGGGUGCCCAUCAAAAAGCAGGGAAUAGCAGCACCCAAAAAGCCAACUGUUCCCGUACCGCCGCCAAGGAGACAGCAAAUGGGUUUCCAGAGCUCCCAGUCAUCAAGCAGUCAGCCCGAACCAGAGCCAGAAAUCGAUAUCCAGCAUUUUGUGGCGAAUAGUGAACGCUUCAAACCUCGUGAUGUUGAGAAGUUGGUCGAGGCUUGGGGACAAGGUGAAGAGGCUUUGUCCAAGAUGCCGAUGGCUGAGCAGCCUGAAGAUCUGAUUGCGACACUACUUCCGUAUCAGCGUCAAGGUCUGGCUUGGAUGCUGGAGAAAGAGAACCCAACGCUUCCUGCCGCUGGAUCCACCGAUGUUGUACAGCUGUGGAAGAGACAUGGAUCUCGCCCAAAUGCAUUCCAGAACAUUGCUACGCAGUUUGUUACUUCAGAGAAACCAGCUUUGGCCAGAGGCGGUAUCCUUGCGGACGACAUGGGUCUCGGAAAGACUCUUCAGGUUAUCAGUACGAUUCUCGAAGGAGGUCCUGGCUCAACCUUGAUCAUUGCUCCAGUUAGUGUAAUGUCCAAUUGGGCCCAACAAAUCGAGCGACAUGUCAAGAAGGAACGUAACAUGAAAGUCCUUACAUAUCACGGCAGUGGUCGCAAACGGAUGACCUUCGAAGACUUCUCAGAAUACGACGUCGUUAUCACUACAUACGGCACAUUAAGCACGGAAUAUCUUCCCAGAAACACCAAGAACCCAGAGAAACUUCCUCGAAAGGAGGGAAUCUUCUCCAUGAACUGGACCCGUAUCGUGCUCGACGAAGGCCACACCAUUCGCAAUCCCAGCACUAAGUCCGCCAUUGCUGCUACUGCUUGUCUUGCAAAAUGCCGAUGGGUCUUGACAGGCACACCCAUCGUCAACACAAUCAAAGAUCUUUACUCAAUGCUCAAAUUCCUUGGCAUAACCGGCGGUCUCGAGCGCCUGGAGCUCUUUAACGCGAUCCUCACCCGCCCCCUCGGAUAUGGCGACCGCAACGCCGACCUGAUCCUCCACUCCAUCAUGCGAACGAUGUGUCUCCGCCGUAAGAAAGACAUGGCUUUCGUGGACCUCAAACUCCCUGAACUCUCAGAAUAUGUCCACCGCAUCGCCUUCCGCAAAGACGAGCGCGAGAAAUACGACGCUCUGCAAGCCGAAGCACAAGGUAUGGUGCAGAAGCUCAAAGCCGCAAAACCAGGACAGAACGUCUACCGGCACGUUCUAGAAGUGCUGCUCCGUAUGCGUCAAGUCUGCUGCCACUGGAAACUGUGCGGUACACGCGUAACGGAUCUGUUAGCCUUGCUAGAGAACGACGAGGUCGUUGCACUUACGAAAGAGAAUGUCACUGCUUUACAAGCUUUACUCCGACUCACCAUCGACUCUCACGAAGAAUGUUCCAUCUGUCUCGAUGAGCUGCACAACCCAGUAAUCACAGCAUGCAAGCACGUCUUCGGGCAAGAAUGCAUCGAGCGGACCAUCGAACUGCAGCAUAAAUGCCCAAUGUGCCGCGCCGAACUUAAAGACAAGGAUUGUCUCGUUCAUCCUGCCGUUGAGGAAUCAGCUGUCAAGGACGAAGAUAUUGACGUUGACACGAAGAGUAGUAAGACGGAGGCGCUGAUGAGUAUCCUUAUCGCGUCAAGGAGAGAUCCGAAAUCUAAGGUUGUUAUUUUCUCGCAGUGGACUUCGUUCCUUGAUAUCAUACAAGCACAACUCGUCGAAAAAGACAUGAAGUUUGCGCGCAUCGAUGGAAGCAUGUCAGCCACUAUCCGGGACAAAGGCAUGACUGCGUUAGAAAGCGAUCCGGAUUGUCGGAUAUUGCUCGCCAGUUUGGCCGUUUGUUCCGUAGGCUUGAACCUCGUUGCUGCCGACACGGUCAUUCUGGCUGAUAGUUGGUGGGCACCAGCUAUUGAGGAUCAGGCUGUGGAUCGGGUGCAUAGAUUGGGUCAGACGAGACCGUGUACGGUAUGGAGAUUGGUGAUGGAGGACAGUAUUGAGGAGCGGGUACUGGAUAUUCAGGCGGAGAAGAGAUUGCUGGUUGGGAAGGCGUUCCAGGAGAAGGCGAAGGGUGGGAAGCAAAAGACUACCAGGAUGGGAGAUAUCUUGAAGUUGCUGGGUUAG